UAUAACUUAUUAUUGGACCUCUAGUUAAUUUUAUCCAUCCAUAACUAUUCAAAAUAUCUUAAGAACUUUCUGAGAUUGAACUAAACUAAAGUCCUAAGCAUCUUGAGACUUUACUUUUGACAUUUGGUGCCUCUUUGAACUUGACUUUGUCAGGUCAAGCUAAAUUUUUAAACACUUUGGUUCUCUAGCAUAUGCAUUAUUAAUUUUAGUGCAGAUAGUCAUCCGGAUCGUUUGUCAGCCAAAACACAUGCUAAGCGAAGACUACCAUUAGACUCUAUGUUUGUUAGCAAAAGCUAAGUAAUGGGGUUCAGAAAGCUGCAAAUCAUCCAAUUUAGUCUGUUUCGUUAUCGUUUCAGUUAUCUCUUUGGAUCUAUCAAGGUGAAUCAGAUAUCCAGACCAGUACUCUUUCAAGGGUUUAUCCCUUUUGCUCUCCACCCAGCCCCUCAAUAGGACUUAACACUGGUAUUUGACACCAGCUACCCGACUGAGGGAGAUAAACUAAAUUGGGAUCUCAAACUAUUUUGUAUCCCGAAAGGUCCUGGACCCUCCCCGUCUGUUAUUGUCUACUAGUCUCUUUAACCUGAGCAUCGACAAAACCCAUAUCUAGGUCCUUGACCACAAUAGUCUGAACAGCCACAGCUUCCCUUAUAGUACACUGUGGUUCAUGAGCCUCUCCUAUACCGUAGAGGAUCCUCCUUUUUGAUAGCCCCUAACACCCUGCAGCCUGUAAAUGUGAAACAAUCUGCUAGUUUAACUGUAACCUAAACCACAUAAAAAGAAUAGCAAAUAAGUUAAAUCAGAGCUUAAAUUUGGUGAAUCUGCCUAUAUUAAGUUUGGAAAAUUGCCUAGAAAAUUCUAUAAAUCCUAAAAACACUACAUAGUUAGCUUAUAGCUGCUUUUGAUAACAUUUAAAGCACUUCCAGAGAUAGCUUAAGGCACAAAAGUAGAAUUUCUUUAACCUAUACCAUCCUACUGUAGAAAUCUGGGUGAUUUCAGUUUCUAUCAAUGCUGCUAAUGAACCAGUGAUAAUUUAGAGACUAAACAGUAAAAUGUAUUGAGCUUCCCACUAAAUUAGAUAUAUCCCAAAGCGAUAACUGAGGGAUAAUAGUACUCUGUUGAUAGAUAGCAUAUGUUUGACAGUUUGGCAUUU